AUGGUGUCUUUGACUGGGAACGAGUGCAUGCAACAGAUCAGGUCUCAUGGGGUAUUAUCAGAGGAUUGUGGUCUCGUGGCUCUAUGGGCCCUCUCAAAUUCAAAAUGCAAAGGCGCAUUAUCACCCAGAAUUACCCGGAACAGACCUGUGAGCACCUCCUCCGCGUUUUCCUCCCAAAUAUUACACCUACGGCCUCUGUUAUCCAGGUCUUCUAGGUGUCCUCUUAUGGCCAGCAACACUUCCACUUGCCGCGCCACAUUAGAUGAAGCGACUCUUGUGGAAGGAAGCCACCCAUGGGGCCGGUCAGAGGACAAGGCUGGGAUUCCCUCGCUGUCAAGGGAGGCUCUGGGCGACGGGUGAGUUCCAUUUGCACUUCGUAGCUUAAGAUGUAGCGCUAUAUAGGGAAUAGGUGUUGCGGAGCUCGGGAGUUAAGCGGCUAUCUUGGUCAGAGCCCAAACCACGCCCCCAAGUGACUUUUUUUAACACUUUCCUGACCGGAGUUGGGGGGCACCUAGUAAAUUAGGGACAGGACACACUAUAGCUUUAGGAAUACGGGUUUGUAUUCCUGACGGUAUAGUGUUCCUCUAAGGCAGGGGUUCCCAACCCAGUCCUCAAGUACCCCCUACCAGUCCAGGAUUUAGGGAUUACUUUGUUUCGUCUAAAGUGGUUUUUUUCCCCCUCUAAAAACACCUUAGACACAAUUUGGUAAUCCCUAAAUCCUGGACUGGUAGGGGGUACUUGAGGACUGUGUUGGGAAACCCUGCUCUAAGGGAACAGAGACACUACAACCAGACCACUCCUUUGAGUAUAUACGAAAUCAUAAUAAAAGCCCUACCUGUCCUUUAAAUUAUAUAAUAUAUAAUAUGUAUGGAGGCAUCUAAUGAGAAAACAGAAACUUACCAUGGAACGAAUACGUAACAAAAAUGCAAAAAAAGUCCUCAAUAACAAAAUGAAAGAAACUUGGAAAAUAGUCAUCACUGGGUUAAUUUCAAUCUGGUGUAUUGUUUCCAUGUAAUUAAUUAAUUGUAGGCAGAAUCCUUGCAAUCAUGUCAUUGUUAUUCCAGUCAUAAUUCACCAACAUUCCAUCUUCACUGAGCACAUAAACAAUGUAUCAUCUUAUACAUCAUUCCAGUUCAUUCCUCCAAUGAGACUGUAGAAUCUGUGCUUCUGUGGAUUAGGACAAGAUAUAAAAAAAAAAAAGAGAGAUUUGUGUUUUAUAAACAGGUGUGUUUUAUAGUAUAUAUUCCCACUAGACCCCAGGUUACUUGUGUUCUAUACAUGUGUUUUAUAUUGGUUCUUGUCAUUUGCAGCUGAUGAAUGGACACAUACAUAAAGGAGGGCCAUGACUGAUUAUACACAAGUAUUUCCUAUUCCUUUUGACCAACAUUGACUUUUUGAAUGUGAUAAAUAGCUAGAAAUUUUUGACACCACUAGAAAUCAUGACACCGUAAUCGCAGCCUCUCCUUCCCUAUGACCAGGGCACAUUACGAUCAGCGGUGUUCUGCAAACACUAUUAAAGGUCAAUGCUCUCUAGUUUGUCUAUGUAGGGCAUGUGUAUGAGUUGUAGAAAUCCACAAUGCUGUCAUAUGACCAGCUCCAAAAGGGUAUUCCGUGGGCGAGUCAACUUACUUGACACGAUAAUUUAAUUCUCACUAAACAGUUAAAACGGAAAUAUAUUUAACAUAGUUGUCCGUGGCUAUGGACUAGGAAACUAUACAAAUAGACACAACCUGAUAAGCGCUGCACAUUUUGACAUAAAUUUAAAUAAAAUAAAACAGAAAAUGGAUAUUUAACUAUGACAUACCUAAAAGAAUCCCUUAUGAGGUGUGUCUACUGACCUGCUUAAUCAUCAAUGCCAUGCAAUUGUGGACUAAACUAGCAUUAGAACAUAGGAAAACAGCAGAGAUAAUUGCAGUUUAAAAAAAAAUAUAUAUAUUUAUGUUGCACUAUUAACUCUUUAAUUUUAAAAAGUUCUACUUUAAGUAAAUAAAAUAGUCUUGCUUCUGAUUUUUACCAUUUCUGCUACCAAUUCUCUUGGAAUAAAUUAAAGAUAGUAUAUUUUAAGCAGGUACACAUUGUUUGCUGGAGUUUUAAAUUAGUAAAUGCUGGGAGAGUGAUUGUGGAGCGCCAUCCAGUGGCCCUUCCUAAAACAGCAAUAACCUGACAAACGAUACAGUGCUAUGAAUGGAAGAUUUAUUAAAUAUGGAAAACUAUAGCUAGCAACAGGGAGAUAACAUGUUUUUAAAGACAGAAAAAUUAUAUAUAUAUUAAAUGAAAAUAAAUAAAUUGUAGAGUAACACUAGUUGGCUCUCAAAAAAAAUCUCAGAACCAAAAGGGAUGAGCAACAUGUAUAUUAUGCAGAAUACAUUUACUAUAUGAAUUGCAGUAGAACAGAGCAGCAGAGAGAAAAAAUAUUUUGUGUAUUGAAGAAACACUUGAUUGUGGUAAAUUCAUAAUGGAAUUUGCAAACGACAUAGAAUACAGAGAUGGAGAAAAAGUUAUUUGACUCUGUAAGUUUCCAAUUUCCAAUUCACUCAUCAUAAUUUACAAUCUAGUUAAGAAACUCUACGUGUUUUAUGAGCUGCACAAGUUUGCUCAUAAAAGGAAAUUAUUAUAUGCUUUUUUUUUUUACCACAAUCUGUUAGAAAAACUCUUCAAAUGAUUUAUCUACAGAAGUAAAUAUUAAAAUUUAUGGGAGUUUUUGUAGAUAAAUCAUUUGAAAAGUUGUUUUUUUAACAGCUUGUAAUGAUUUGAAAAUCUAAUUUAAAAAAAAUUUAAAUCAAGACCUAAUUUUGUAAAUAUAUUUAAUUAUAACCUGUGUGCCAUUAUUAUUUUCGAUUACUGUCCUUCUCUUAAAAAAACAAAAAAACAACAACCAAACCACAAUUAAACUUACUUGUAAUCUGUCGGGACAGUCUCUUCUUGGCACCUGUUUCACAGAUAAUUUACUAAAUUAGGAAUUGUGGAACAUUCAAAAGGGAAUUGCAUAUUUAGGCCAAAUUAUCUGAAUUAGGGAAAAAAAUAUGUAGCUCAACCCCCCCCCUGCCCUUUGGUUUGUUUUAACAACAAACAAAACUGUUAUUUCUCUGCACUACUCCAUAAUACUUUUAGUUGUUGAAAUGGCUCUUUUAUGCAAGUAAUCCCUGACUACACUUAAUUGCCCAUGAAUAUAAUGUAAUUUACUUUUAUGUUUCCUAGCAAGGGGAAGGAUAAAACAAAGCAAAGGUGACAAAAGUAGUUUCAUGUGUUAAGAUGUGGCUGUUGAACGCUACAGAUUUCCUUAACCACUUACCUAUGACCUGGUGAAAGUUCAGCUUUGUUCACAAGUAGUAGGAUUUUAUACUUUUAGCUCCAGGUCAGACUUAUUGAAGGAAGUUUUCUCACGCUUUUAACACAGGCAUUCUGGCAUAACAUACAAUUAAAGUCCUCUGUAAAAUAAACAGUGUGACAUGGGGCAUGUCCAGACCAAAUUUUACAAACAGAGGUCUGCAAUAGAACCAAACAUUAAUGUGUCUCUAUGGAAUAACUAUCAUGGACAUCAUUUGAUGCCUGGCACUGAUGCCAGUGCCUGGCAACUCCCAUUAGAGUAUCCAGACAUGGGUGUAAAAAGGAUAAGCGCACAGGAUACUAAUCUCUGUGAGGUAAGCAUGCAGCUUGAUAAUACUGGAAAAACAAAUAUGGUUAUGGGAAUAUUCCCAUAGAUACCCACAAACAACAUUACAGGGUACAGUUGUAAUAGACGUGUUAUAUGGAAAAUGGACGAGCAAACAUGAAGCCAGAGGAAGUCAAAUGUUUUCCACUGCGUAUCAUUGCAGUGGGAUAGAAUAAGAUUCAGAUGAUAUACCCAGUGAAGUCAACGUAUAACAAUGCACUGAAAAAAGGACCAGGGGCUGGAAGCACAGAUAUUAAUUAAUGACCAUAAAGUGAAACUAGGUAAGCUGGGCACAUUUCCAGUCCUGUCACUGCAUGGUAUUUCAGUGAAUCAGCAUAAUCAAACAAGUUACAGAAAAUUCUGCCAGGAGUGUCGUAGCAGGACAACACAGUUAAAAAUGUGGUUUUAAACAGAAAAGUAAGCUGUCUCAUAGUACCACUUUUUAUUUUGUGUGCAUAACUGCAUAACUAUUGUGUUUGAAUUAUAAAUGAAAACCUUACUACAUUUAAGACAGUUAAACUCAAUGUUUGUUGGGGGUUUUUAUUUGCUUUGUUUUGUUUAAAAAAAAAAAAAAAGCUCUUUAUUUAAUUUAACCACUUGUCUUUCAAUUCCCAGUAUUGGUGCCAUGAUCGUAAUAUUACUUAUAUAAAACUUUAAAGUUAAAAUCAGCAAGUGGUACUUUUACAUGUGAUAAUCCAUUGUAUUACAUGUGAUAAUCGAUUGCAUUCUAAUCGUAUCAGUAAUAUGAAGCUCAUGCAAUAAAUUUGUAAUUUAUUGCAUGAACUUCAUAUUACCAAUACGAUUAUAAUGAAUAAACAAAAAACCUGGGACCAGAACUGUUAUUUUUAAACAGAGUGGGACCCAGUCAGCGUGGCAAUGAGACUGCCAAAGGUAGUCAGAAACAGACGCAGCUGUUGUACAAUAACUCCAACAAAGCUUUGCUCACCAUGGGAGCUUUAGUUCCAUGACACCCAAAGGUAAAUCUUUAGACUAAUUGACCCUGGCGGUCUACUGAAUACAAUCGAUUAUCACAUGUAAAAGUACCACUCUGGGAGACAUUUUCUCAAACACCAUUAUUUACGUAGGAAGAGCUAGAUGAUAAACUUCUCAGAAGAAUUCAAAAGUAUAUGGUCCACUUUGGAUAAAAGCUAUAGAGUCCAGGGGUAGGCAACCUUCAGCAUUCCACAUGCUUUGGACUACAUCUCCCAUGAUGCUUUGUCAGAAUUAUGGCUGUAAGAACACUAUGAAAGAUGUAGUCCAAAACUUCUGGAGAACUGAUGGUUGCCUACCCCGAUAUAGUUAGCAGAAUAAAAAACAAAUGUUGACCCAUAUAAUGGAUUGUUCUCUAUUUGCAUAUACAAAUAUUUCCAUUAAAUAAUUUCCAUUUAAAAGGUCUGUCUUUAGCAAAUUUGAGAGACCAGUAAUAUCAUCAAUGUUUAUAAGGCAAAUAAUUUCACCAAAGCAAUAAAACCCACUCAAAAUAGUAAAAUAACACACAAAAUAUCUGAGAAUGAUGUAAUGCAGGUCAAUAUGAAAAGUAUUGCCUUAUCUAUAGAGCUGAUAAGAAAGACCUAUAAAAGGCAGGGGAUUGGCUCUGUAUUUACUACAGCCCUGAGGCAAUUAGGUAAAAAAAAAAAAGCAUAGCUUGUCUUAGUCUGUCUGUAGGCAACUAGUAUCACUGAGUGUGUCUGUGAGCUCUCAAAUUGCCAUUUCCAAGCCUGACAAGAUGUGGAGAAGUCUGCCUCAACUUCUUUUUUCCCUUCUGUUGGUGAAACUGUGGCUAGUCCAGGUUGCUCAUUCAAUGCCACUCUUGGAUGCAGGACCACAUGUGCAUAAUGGCUGGGGAGAGGCUAUAAGAAUAAGACAUCUUUAUACAGCAAGAAAGCAUGGCCAGGAAAGCUAUUAUCUGAGGAUAAAUAAUGAUGGCAGAGUUGAUGGAGAAAGGCAUCAAAGUGUUCACAGUAAGUAUAGAAAAAGUUCCUUAUUAGUAAAUAUAUACAUUUGAACUGGGUUAUGUGAAUAUGCUGGUUUUUAUGUUUUGUUUUGCUUAUUUAAUUUUAUUUUUAUUAACCUGUAGGUCAUACAGGCUAAUUCACUAAAUUCUAAAAAUCCAAAUACUAAAAAUCUGACUAAAGUAGCCAGGCUGUGUUUUUAGCUGAACUGUAGAAUCGGCUAUUUUAGCCUAAUUUUGCCAUUUGUGAUUAGAGUUCACUAAAAUUCAGAGUUUAGGGAAUAAAUCCCACUUUACUUGCUAGAUAGUUUUGUUUUUCUGGAAAUUGUAAGCUGAAUAAAUAUUCUGCACAUUAAGUAUGUUUCUGUUUUUAAUUUUGCUUUAUUUAUUUAUUUUUUUGCUUAGGUUUACUUGAGAUCAGAGCAGUUGCGGUUGGGGUUGUAGCUAUUAAAGGAUAUUAUAACACACUGUAUCUCUGCAUGGGUACCGAUGGCAAACUCUAUGGAAUGGUAAGUGUCACAGAGACAGUUCCUUCCAUGUAACUGAAAUGUUAACUGUUAUCUUGCGCAAAGUCAGCGCUGUCACGGAAAUACAUUUAUCUUGAUCAUUCCACAAGAAUCGCAAGUUUACAGCAUCACCAGGAACAUUUUAAUCACUGAGGUGCCAGCAACUGAGGUGAUACAUUAACAUAUAUAUAUAAAGCGUAACAGAAUAUAGAAUACAGCUGACAGAAUUGUUAUGAGCAGAUAGUGAAUGUCACAUUCAGCGAAUAACAACUCAGAGUAUUUCAGGUCAAAGUACUACACCUAACAUAUACAUAAUAUAGAAAUCAAAGUGUAAAUCUUAAUCUUCAGUCUCAUGUUUAAAAUGAAAAAUAUUAAUCAGUCAUUUAAACCCAGAUGGAAUCCUCAGUAUCAAAGGCACUUGAAUGCAUUUAUCAGCUGAAUCUUUUGCACAAUCUUUCUUACACUUUGUGUUUUAUUUUUGGCUUGGUCAGAAUGGUUGAAUGAACUCAAGGUCAAUAACAUAAAGUAGCUGAUUAUGUGUCUGGGUUCACUGGCUGCUAAAUAAACUCAAACAAACACUUGUCAUUGCUAUGGGAAGGAACUGAGGCAUAAUGCUACUUAAAUUAAAUGUACUACUUCCAACAUGGCAUUAGGAAUUAUUAAUUUACCCAACAGAGAAAAUGUUAAAAGUUAACCCUGAAAUACUAGUAUAAAAAAUAGAUCUAUAUAAAUCAUCACAUGCGUAGCAUGGGGCAGUACAUUAUAUAUUCUUUACCUAGAGUAGGCAACCAUCAUUACUCCAGAUGUUGUGGACCAGAUCUCCCUGGAGGCUUUGCCAGCAUUAUUGUUGUAAGAGCAUUAAAGGAACACGAUAGGGUCAGGAACACAACCAUGUAUUCCUGACCUUAUAGUGCUAAACCCCGUAUAUAGGUGGCUUGCCUCCCCGCUCCUUAGCACCCUUAAAAGCAAUUAAAACGCACCUUAUUUUCAGUGCUGCGCCGGUCCGCUGGUGCUAGCUCCACCCCCUUGGGGACAUCAUCAGAAUUGCAGAUUUUUAGCCAAUCCAAUGCUUUCCUGGUUGACUGAGAUCGGCAAUGGGCAGGGCCAAACACAGUUUUGGCCAAUCAGCACCUCCUCAUAGAGAUGCAUUGAAUCAAUGCACCUCUAUGAGGGAAAUUCAGCAUCCCCAUGCAGAGCGUGGAGACACUUAACCACACUGCUGCCUACUGUGCAGCACUGAGCCAGGAAGCACCUCCAGUGGCCAUCUGAGGAGUGGCCACUUGGAGGUGUCUCUAGAGGCAAUGUAAACACUGCAUUUUCUCUGAAAAGGCAGUGUUUGCAUUAAAAUGCCUAAAGGCAAUGAUUAUACUCACCAGAACAACUACAUUAAGCUGUAUUUGUUCUGGUGACUAUAGUGUUCCUUUAAGGGAGAUGUAGUCCACAACAUUUGGAGUGCCAAGGGUUGCUGCUCCUGUUCUAUACCACAGAUCGCUAACUUUGUGUAGAUGUUAUGCCAUAUGUUUCCCAUUAUGCGGCUUCAACCAAGUGGCUGGUAUAGCGUCAUAUUAAAUCUAACAGCUGUAUCCUAUAAAGCUAUAUAUCAAUUGCUCAUGCUAAACAUGGCCUGAAUGGCCUGAAUAAGUGUAUGUUCUUACCCCAAUACAUAGCUGAGGAUAACAAAAAAAUUAUAAAUAGAAACUUUCUACUGGCAUCUCUGUCAAUUAAAUUUUACAAACCCCUUCACUACAUGAGAUGUGUAUAUAGACACAGAACAUAUUUGAAAAUAAGAGAAAUGUCAAUGUAUCUUUCCUGGUAAAAUAUUUUAUAAAUAAAUAAAGAUAUUUGCAAUAUAAAACAAAGGCCCCACUUACCAUUCCCUCUGCUCCUACACUAAUCCUUGCACAAUUUAGAAACAGAUAUUUUCAAAGGGUCUCAGCUUUGUCCCUCUGCCUCAUGCAGAAAAACUGUAAACAAAUUCCUUCCUCCUGUACCAUACAGGAGCCUACAUGUUACAAUCUGAAUAAUGCUUGUAAUUGUAGAAAAUGGGAAGAGCAGAUGGUUAGAAAGGGUCUGUCUCACAUCAGGGUAUAUCUGCAAGCUGCAUCACCUGCUUGAAAUAGCCUUUAAAUUAUAGAUACACAGUUUUAACCUAUAUGUGGGCUUUAUGGCAACAUACAGCCAUUACAUUACCAUAUCAGCAUAUUCUGUAAAAAUACCUAUCAGCUGUAUGUUAUGAAAUGUCUGUGUCCAUUCGUUUUUAUUUACAUAUAUUAGACAUAUUGCAAGAUAAGGGAUAUACCAUAUAAGAUGGUGAAAUUAAAUUAAACACAAUUAUAUUUUUUUUAGUUAUUCCCGAACAGCAAUCUAAGCAUAACAUUGCUGUUUUGUCCUAAGUUCACAUUUUCAUCCAAUAUUUCAAAUAAACAUUAUAAAUUUUGGUUUUAAAAAAUAUAUAUUUUGGUAAAGGGGUUAAAAAUUGCACACUGAUUUUCUGACAUCUAAUUCAAUAUGUAUUAUCUUUUGAUCUAUAACUGAAAUAUUUUUCUAUCACACUAAUACUAAAUAUUAGUAAAUGUGAUUUGUUGAAAACUUAUUUUCAUUAUUAAUAUUAUUAUUAUUUUAUUUUAUUUUUUUUAUUUUUUUAAUGACAGCCUAUUUUUUCCACGGAAGACUGUUCUUUUGAAGAAGAGCUUCUACCAGACGGAUACAACAUGUAUAAAUCUUCAAAAUAUGGCAUUGCUGUCUCUUUGAGCAAGGAUAAACAGCGACAGCAAUACAAAGGGAAAGGAUACUUGCCAUUGUCCCAUUUUCUACCAGUAAUAAGCUGGGUUCCAAUGGAGGUCAGCAAUCCUUUGGGGGAUGAAGACUAUAGGUUUCAGUACAACAUGGAUGAGAAUAAAGGCUCUCUUGUUGAUAGUAUGGAUCCUCUAGGACUCGUGCAAUAUCCAAACUAUCACAACAAAUAA